AUGAAUGGCGCUGGCCCCCACGUUAGCCGUGAGUUCUUCGACCUCAUCAAGUUCAUCGGGGAGGCAAGGUCUAAACAGGAGGAAGACCGCAUCAUAGCCAAUGAGACUGUCGUGUUGAAGCAGCGGAUGAACCAGCCCAGAGUCUCGACACGCAAGAUGCAAGAAUUCAUAAUCCGAAGCAUUUAUAUCGAGCUGCUGGGCCACAGCGCCGCCUUUGCACAUAUCCAUGCAGUUAAUUUGGCGAACCAGCAGCAGGCCAAGGCGAAGUGGAUAGGAUACUUGGCCUGCAAUUUGUUCCUCCAUCAAGACCACGAGCUGAUGCUUCUGCUCGUGAACACCAUCCAGAAGGACCUGCGUUCUCCAAACGUGUUGUUUGUGCACGCGGCGCUGCAGUGCGUCUCGCGGCUGCUGACGCUGGACAUGCUGCCUUGUGUUGCUGCAGCAGCAGCAGAUUUGCUGCAGCACCCAGCAGCAGCAAUUCGCCGCAAAGCCCUGAUGGUGCUGCACCGCAUUCUCAUCCUGAGCCCCCCCCCCCCGCUGCCGGACCCGCAGCAGCAGCAGCAGCCGCAGCAGCAGCAGCAGCAGCAGCAGGAGGGCUACGUGGUGGCGGAUUUGUUCGGGAAAGUGCGCCGCGCAGUCUGCGACGGAGACCCUUCAGUCAUGGGGGUUUCUGUUCAUCUGUUGGGACUUUUGGCAAAAACUCACAAACCCCAAAGUAGGGUUUUCAUUCCUUCUUUGGUUUCCAUUCUCAAACAAAUCAUCGACAGAAAGCUCCCCAAAGACUACGAAUACCACAGAGUCCCGGCGCCCUGGAUCCAGAUGAACAUUUUGUCGGUGCUGUCUUCGCUGGUGGCGGGAGACCCCCGGCUUUCUUCGGAGGUUUACUUGGUGCUGGAGGAGACGAUGCGGCGCGCAGACUGUUCCGCUAAUGUAGGGUUUGCAUUAGUGUAUUCGGGGGUUUGUGCUGCUGCUGCAGUAUACCCGCAGCAGCGGCUGCUGGCAGCAGCAGCAGCAGCAACGUCCAAGUUUUUGCUGUGCAGCAACAACAACCUGCGCUACGUGGGCGUGGCGGGGCUCGCUGCGCUCGCUGCUGUCGCAGCUAGCCACGUAGCUAGCCACCAGCUAGCUGUCAUUGACUGUUUGGAAGAUGCAGACGACACUCUCAAACACAAAACCCUUUGUCUUCUUUCUGCAAUCACAAACCCUAGCAACGUGGCUUUCGUCGUCGCCAGCCUCAUGCAGCACCUGCGCACAGCAGCAGACCCUCACCUCCGCGCCAGCCUCGUUUCCCGAGUCGCCAUGCUCGCCGAAAGGUUCUCGCCAAACCCUAAGUGGUUCGUGGGCGCGGUGCUCUCGCUGCUGGAAGUGGGGGGGGCCUGCGCGUCCUUAAGUGCUGCUGGAGUCGCGCCGGCGCUGGCAGCAGCAAGCAGCAGCAGCAGCAGCAGCACAGCAGCAGCAGUUCACGCAGCACAGUCGCUGCUGCAGCUGCUCGUCGACGGCAGCGACGGAAGCCCCGAAGAAGACACAGCUUUUAGGACUUAUGUGGUCAACUCUUUGGCGCUGCUGCUGCAGCAAAAGAAGCAGCUGCCCGACAUCCUCAUCCAGGUGGCAAGUUGGGUGCUGGGGGAGUAUGGCUCCCUUUGCUCUCUGCCGGAUUUCACGCAGCACGACUUGCUGGCACUGCUACGGGACGCAGCGCUGCGUACCAAAAGCGCGAGCACCCAGGGCUGGGCGCUGUGGGCGCUGGUGAAGCUGUCGGCGCUGAAUGCAGCAGCAGCAGCAGCAGCAGGCCCUGCAGCAGCAGCAGGAAAGGCAGCAGCUGUUGACGGCCUCGUGCUGCAGCUGCUGCAGCAGCAGCAAAAGUACCUCGGCUCCACUGACAUACAAGAAAGGUGUUUUAGAGGGGCUUUGCUGCUGCAGCUGCUGCCGCCCCGGCUCCUCGGGGAAGUUUUCCCCUUUGAUGCGGCAAACGAAGAUAUUCCAACAGAGGACCUGCUGAACACAGGAGCCGCCUACGCUCGUGCUGCUGUUGCAGCUGGAGCCGCGGAGUACGUGCCACUGAGCAAGAGAGCAGCAGCAGCAGCUGCUGCUGCUGCUGUUGCUGCUCCAGAUUCAGCAGUGCAUGCAACAGCAGUUGUUGCGCAGCAACACCAGCCACACCACACAGCUGCUCUUAACUUCACGCCCUACGCUCCGCCGGCUGCACCGCAGCAGCAGCAGCAGCAGCAGCAACUGCACCAGCAGCAUCUGCAGCAAGGGGCUGGCAGCGCUGCUGCUGAGUCCAGCACUGGCUUCAAUGUACAGGGGCCUCGUCGGUGGGGCCCGUUUGGCUUUGUGGGGACAAUCAACGGCGCUGACCCAGCAGCAGCUGCUGCUGCUGCUGCACCUGCUGCUGCCAGCAGCAGCAGCAGCUGGCAGCCGCAUGCAGCAAUCGCAGCCGUCUCCGCUAUGGAGCUGCCGCCGCAGCCUCAGUACGCGCAGCAGCAGCAGCAGCAGCAGCAGCACCGGGAGCUCACAGAGCGGGAGCGCAUGGCUGCUGCGCUGUUCGGGGGGCUUGCUGGGGACGCCACAGCAGCAGCAGCAGCAGCUCCUGUUGCUGCUGCUGCAAUGCCUGCAAGCGGGACACCUCUCAUCAUUUCCCCGUCAGCAACGGCCCCUGCUGCUGCUUCUGCUGCUCCUGCUGCUCCUGCUGCUCCCUCAGUAGUUCAGAAGCACGCCCCCCCAGUCGACCUGCUUGACCUUGACAGCAGCAGCAGCAGCAGCAGCAGCAGCAGCAGCAGCAGCAGCACUGGGGUAGAUGAUCUGGUUAUGGAUGUCCUGUCACUGAGUCUGCAGCAGCAGCAGCAGCAGGAGCAACAGCUGCUCCAGCCGAUGGCGAUAACGACAGAACAGUUGGGCCGCGGCUGGGGUCUGCUGCCUGGGGAGGCCGCAGCAACUGCGGCGCUGCAGCGGCCGACGGCUUGCGCAGACUACGCCCGAGAAGUCUUCUCUAAAAGCCUCGGGGCAGCAGUGGUAGAAGUCAUUGGCGAAGAAGCUGUUGCUGCAGGCACUGCAGCAGAAGGCGCGUCUAGCUAA